UCACCUGCCGGCGCCUGCGGACAUCCGCGAUGUUUAAAUAAAACUAGAGCCUUUAAAAAUGACGGCUUGGACUCUGAAUGUGUUCGUAAAGUUUCGGAAUAAGUACUCGCCUCCCGGCAGCGUCGCCGUCAUGGUGAAGGACUAUUACAAGAUUUUGGGCAUCCAGGCCGGCGCCAACGAGGAUGAAAUCAAGAAAGCCUAUCGGAAAAUGGCCCUGAAGUACCCCGAUAAGAAUAAAGACCCCAACGCCGAGGAGAAGUUCAAGGAGAUCGCAGAGGCUUAUGAUGUCCUGAAUGACCCCAAGAAACGGGCCAUUUACGACCAGUACGGAGAGGAAGGCCUCAAAACGGGAGGUGGCUCUUCGGGUGGCUCAGGAAACACUUCCCACUACACCUUCCAUGGAGACCCCCACGCCACCUUUGCGUCCUUCUUCGGAGGCUCCAACCCUUUCGAUGUCUUCUUCGCUAGCAGCCGCUCCCGGAUAUUCAAUGGCUUUGACCAAGAAGACAUGGAUCUCGAUGACGAUGACGACCCUUUCAGUGCCUUCGGCCGGUUUGGCUUCAACGGCAUCAACGGGGUUCACCGGCGGCACCAAGAGUCCCUGCACAUGCGGAGGAGGGUCCAAGACCCACCCAUCAUUCACGAGCUCAAGGUGUCCCUGGAAGAGAUCUACCACGGGUCCACCAAGAGGAUGAAGAUCACACGCAGGAGGCUCAGUGCUGAUGGCCGAACCACGCGGACUGAGGACAAGAUCCUAAACAUUGUCAUCAAACGGGGCUGGAAGGAGGGAACCAAAAUCACAUUCCCCAAAGAAGGGGACGCCACCCCGGACAACAUCCCUGCUGACAUCGUCUUCAUCCUCAGGGACAAGCCUCACCCGCACUUCAAGAGGGAUGGGACGAACGUGGUCUACACAGCAAACAUCAGUCUUAAAGAGGCCUUGUGUGGCUGCACCGUGAACAUUCCCACCAUCGACGGGCGGGUGAUCCCGCUGCCCUGCAACGACAUCAUCAAGCCGGGGACCGUGAAGAGACUGCGCGGGGAGGGGCUGCCCUUCCCCAAAGCCCCCAGCCAGCGAGGAGACUUGAUCGUGGAGUUCAAAAUCCGCUUCCCGGACAGAAUAGCUCCCCAGACAAGACAGAUCCUCAAGCAGCACCUCCCGUGCUCCUAGAGCCUGGGGACUCUCCUCCAAGCAGCAAUACUCCAAACGUACGUGCCGCAGCACCCGGCCCGCGCUGAGCAGAGGUGCCACAGCACUUUCAAAUGCAAAAAAAAAAAAAAAAAAAAAAAAAAACCCAACAAAAAAAACGCCCUCACACCACUUCCCUUCCCCAAAAAAUCCAUCCAUCCCACCCCGCUCCAUCCAUCCCACUCCCCCCCACCCAUCCCACUCCCCAUCCAUCCCUGUCCCCAUCCAUCCUUGGCCUGUUUUCUACUCCAGCAGCGGGGAGACUCCUGCCCAUCACAGCUCUCCUGGCUGCCAAACUUUUUAUUUUAUUUUUUUUUUCCCCCAGAGGUCCAGCUUUUCCACCUCGCACAAGCGAGCAGCGUGCUCCCUUUGCCCGGGGAGCUGCGUCACAUUGUGGGGUUUUUAUGUCACCUGCUUUUCAGGCCACUUUUCCCACAAAAGGCUGGACUUGUUUGGGGUCCGGCGCAGUGUAAAUAGGACUCCGCAGGAUCUGGCGUCCCCACUGUUAGUUUUUCUCUUCCUCUCUUUGAUACUUGCUGCUGUUCGGGGUCCUGGCUGUACCACGGUGCCAAUCUCUCUCGCCCGUGGUGGCCGCACCCCCCCCCGUAGCCGGACUGUUUCUCACCCCGGACCACGGUACCGAGUCCGGCCGUGGCCCACUGUCCUGUGCCAAGCCUACAACCGAGCCUCGGCUGUGCCAAAUGACGGAGCACAUGGGGAUGGUCCCGUCCAGCCUCCUGCCCCUGCCCGGGGCUUGACCCCGGUGCCUGUGGGCAGCACCAGCCUGCACCCACUGCCCGCAGACCCCCCCCCCCCCAGCAGGAGGAGGGGGGAAAGCCCAGGGCGGAGCUUUCUUGUUCAGAUGUGUUGAGUUUGCAUUGCUACUUUUUUUUUUUUUUUUUUUUUUUUUUUUUUUAAAAUACAUAUAUAUAGAGCUCGUUAGAUAAACUCCGUAAGGGUUUUUCUGUGCCCGUUUUGGGGUUCCUGGCGUGGUGCACCCUGACUUCUUGUGGGGAUAUUUUUUUGGGGGGGGGGGGAGGGUUGGGUGGGGGGGGGAAGGGGCUGUUCAGCUACACGAACAUCAAAAGCCUGGGGAUGGAGGGAGGGUGUGUAGCACAAGUCUGGGUGCAAAAGCAGAGCCAAGCGUGAACAGAGCUGUGGAUUUCACUAGCAUUUUAGGUCAACCUUGGGGAUUUUAAUAAGAAGAGAAAGGUGCGUGUAUAUAUUUUUCUACAGGGAUGAUUCAUUCAGGAAGUAUUUCUGGGUGUCAGAGUAGAGCUGAGAGGUGCAUGAAGCAAUCUGCUUGGUGGCUUAAUUUUUAAAUGCUGUAUUUUUUUAAAACCUUUGGAUUUCCAUCAGAAUUUUUAUAUUUCUUACCUUUCUCGGCCCACUCUGCCUCGUGCCAGUUUUUUGUUUUUUUUUUUUUUUCCCGGGAAAGGGCUCCUACGGAGCGGGAGGCGCGUUUGACCUGGCUUUGUACGGCUCCUCUUCCACCACAGCACCGCCGAGAAAACCCCUGCCAAAAUAGUCCCCCUGCCCCAGGAAUCCUUUUUUUUUUUAAAGAGAAAUCACUGACUUGAAACAGGGGUCCUUUGGGGCGGAGGGGGCAAGCGUGGGGCAUCUGUAGGGGCUGGGUGUACAGCUGUAUAGCGUAUCAUAUGGGGCGAGGAGACCCAUUAGCCACUGCUUAAUUAAUUGCCCGGUUUGGCUGGUGGGGGGACGCCGCUGGUUCCCUCCACUGGUCCCUGUGGAUUUCGACACAGAGAAACCUGGUGGACAUGGUGAGCGAGAAGACAGGCCAGCGCGCAGAUGCAAGCUGUUUUGUUUUCUCGGUUUCAAUGAGACCCGAAUGUUUUAUAGUGCGGUUAUUUUUUGUAAAUUUUUUCUUUUUUUUUU